AUGGAACCGGUUAUGCAACCCUAUCUUUCAGGAAAUAUUCACGUUUACGCAGACCGACCGAAUCCUGCCAUCAAUGAUUCCUCGUACGAAACCGACUUUGCCGAUCCCUCGCUCGGACCUCCUCAGUCGUUCUUAAUCGAUGAUACCCAUACUCCACUUGCAUCAGUGCCUCUUCCAUUUUCUUGUGAUGAUACUUACUUUUCGGACUGGCCAGAUGAAUUGUGUCAAAAUGUGUACAGGAGACCAAAACCGUUGCCUGCUCACCCAACAAUGUCAACUAUACAAUUCGUAGGCUAUGCACCGAAUCCACGUGCUAAUACUCCAUUGGCGUAUUUCAAUGUUGUUCCAUACUACCUGGACGGCCAGGAAGUCUGUGAGGUGGAAGAUUCUCCUGCACCUGUUGUUAUUCCCCAGUUUUAUCGUAAACUGGAAAUUCGUCGCUCACGUAGUGGAAGGCUUGACGAUAAUACGGUCUUAAAGUACAACAAGACAGACUACGUGCCGAUGGAGAACGUCGCUUCCAGUACCAUCAUCAAUCCUAUAGUUCUGUGUACAAAUUUGAUCCGGUCACUUGUGGUUUCCGGUGCAGCAGCAGUGGUAGGGCCAGUGCAACUAACAACGCAGAGCCUGUUUUGCUAUGUGAUGAGCGCGCUGAACAAGUCUGUGGUAGGCGAAGAGUGUCAGAAACUCGCCGAGAUUUUGGGAUCUGAACUAACAGUACUGUCGCGUUGCAUUCGAUGCGGAGAGCUGAAUGGAUCCGAUGAAAAGAAGAUCGUUAUUUCCAUGAACUAUCCGGAAGCUGCCGAACAGAGAAACAUGAGCUACCUACUGGAGAAAGCGUUGCAUGCGAAAGGACAACGUCAAGGGCCAUGCGAAUCUUGUUCAGUGACCACUCGCAUGGAUGACACUAGAAGAGUCCAGAAGCUUGCACCAAUAUUGCUGAUCGACACGAAUCCGGGUAGUCCAAAGUUUACCGAGUUUUGGGAGAAGCAACUGAAGCUGUCUGAAUCUCGCCCUCGAUACCGUAUUCCGGAAAAAGAAUGUUCACUGGAAGGAGGUGGCCGAGCUGAAAGACCAUGCCGAUAUGGACAGGAGUGUAGGAACAGGCAGGUUCCAAUAUAUUUGCUUCUAUUUGUGUUGAAGUAA